AUGGAAGAAAAUAUAUGUGAAGAUGACAAUUUGGUUAAUUUGAGUGAUAAAAGUGAUUCUGAGAUUAUAAAGGAAUGUGAACGUACAUUACAAAGCAUGAGAGAAUGUGAAGAAGACCAAACUAGGUGCGCGGAGAAGAGAAAAGAUCGAGAAGAAGAUUAUAAUAGUGAUGAUGGUUUCAUUACUAUCACAAGAAGGAGAUCAAAACGGUUGUUAAGAAGUGACUCUGCUACCCAUAAAAAUCUAUCAAACGACGUAAUGUCGACCAAUUCUGAACGUAUACAUGAAAUAUGUAUGACUUCUUUGAAUGAAUUUCCUAAGCAAAUGGCAAUGGCUAGAAUGUUAAGAAACGAAAAUAUCACAGGUAUUGUGGGAAUAAAAUACAAAUCCCCAUAUAAAAUUUUUAUUAGAUUUAAAUCAGAGCUAGACGCAGAUAAACUAUUAAAUUGUAAAAAAUUUGAAGAAAUGAAUUAUCGAGUUCGAAAGACAUUAGAAAAUAGGACAUCAUAUGGACUUAUCAAAGGGGUAGAUUUGGAUAUGACGGAAAAGGAGCUUCUCGAUAUUUUGGAAUGUGAAUAUGAGAUUCAAUCUGUUAAACGUCUAAAGCGGAUGAAUGAGAAUGGUAAAUGGGUCGACAGCGAAAGUAUUAGAAUGUGUUUUAAAAGUACUACGCUUCCUCAAUAUGUGGUUGCUUAUGGUUGCAGGAUGCAAGUGUCUCCUUUUGUCUUUCCCGUUACCCAAUGUUCAGGAUGUUGGAAGUUUGGCCAUUCUUUAAAGUUUUGCCCUACAAAGAAGAUGACAUGUCCUAAAUGUGGAAGCUCAAAGCAUUCAAAUUGCGAGAUGGUUAAUCUAAAGUGUCUCAACUGCAAAGGUUCUCAUUUUGUGUUGGAUAAGGCUUGUCCAUUUUUCCUAAAGGAAAAAGAGAUAAGGCUGAUAAUGAGUAAAGGUAAUAUUACAUAUAAGAAAGCAUUGCAAGUUUUAGCUAACUUCAAUCAGCCUGAAAAAGAUCAUAAUUUUACAAUAUGUCAAAAUAAUGAAACACAAGAAUUCAAUCCAGUUCAGAAUCAGAUUUCAGUCCAUUAUGAUAAAAUAACAACUACUGAUAAACCUCAUGAGGCUAAUAUUACACUAGAUAGUGAUGAGGAAGAAUCUGAAGACCUUAAUAUAUCAACAAAAAAACAAAGCAGAAAGGCAGUCCCGAUGAAAAAGAAAACAAAGACAAAUUCAAUUCUAAAUAAAGACCAAAUUUCAACAACCAAAAAAUCAGAGCAGGAUCCAGGAGCAGCAGAAAAUUCAGACAUGAAAUUCGAAUUUAAAAAAUUAUAA